AUAAAUGUUUUCCAUUGUUAAUAAAUGAAAGACAUGGACAUACACGUAUAUUCGCAGAUUGAUUUUCUUCAUUACGAAAUUAUUGCAAAUCAAUCCCAAUUAGAUUAGGUUUAAUAGACUCCGAACCCCUCCCUCCGAAGUUGCAUAUUUUUGGAUUUUAUUGCGGUUACAUCACUGGGUUCGUAUCUAUUAAACUGAGAUUUUAUCCAAAGAUUGAAUUAAAAUUUAACAAAAGUGAUAGGCCCUAUUACUUUAACCAGAAAGGUCUACUUUCGUAAAUAAACUAUAGUGGGGAAAAUUAUACGGAGACUCGAACAACAAUAAGAGUUGGGUGGGAUCAUAUUUCAUUCCACCUGUGACUCACUACACUACCAACCGAUACAACGGACGCCAUUCCAUUGCUAGCGUCCCUUGUUACGAGGAUUACCAUGUUCGUGUGCAGGCCAGGAUCGGCUGUUUGAAUUUCAGGAUGUAACGUGUCAAUAAUCGACAUUUUCCCAACCGUUUUUACUGAUCGCUUUCAUUUCAUGUGAAUAAUGUUCGUCAUUUAGUGAUCUAGGAGAUGGAAUUUACCAGAGUAAACAAAAUGGAGCCAUUUGUAACGUUUAUUUCAUGGAUGUUCGUUUGUGUUGUUGGCCGAGCAGCCGCACAGGGAUCCUUCCCGGAUUUGUUCAACGCCGGGGAGGGCCGGACGAUUUCGACCGAGCCUCCGGUGGGUACGUGCGGCUACAACCCCAACACGGGUGAUGCUGCUCGUAGUGGAUUUUGUAGGAGUUCAACAAUAUCUUCCUCUGUUUCAUCGUGUACAAUAGCUUUAUGUGAUCAGUCUUGCCCAGGUAGAACUAAUUUGCCAUCACCAAUUGGUCUUUUAAGUUCCGGUAGUUGUAUAACAGAAGAUUUCUCAAGUACAAGACCAAACUCUGAACCAAAUGAGCCAUCAUAUAUUUUUAGAAACACUCCAGAUUGUUUUUCUGCUCCUGCUGUACCAACUGUUGGUAAUGAUGGAAGAUUAACCCUUUCUGUUUGGAUUCGACCUGAUGUCACCACUGAUGGUACUAUAAUUGAGCGAAGGUCGCCAAAUAAUGACAUCAUCUAUGCACUUGUUGUAUCUUCGGCUUCUAUCACAUUUGAUUAUCGAACUGCAGAGGGCGCUAAAUUUCUCCAAAUUCAAACUGGCCUUCAGGUCAGUGAAUGGCAGCACAUUGCCGUACAGGUGUUUGGAACAAAGGCUAGUAUUUUCAUUGAUGGUUUAGAGGUAGAUGGUACACCGUUUGAAACCAUGAACCUCCAAGGUGAAAUCAUUGAUGACAGCAACGGUCAGACAAGGACUGGUCAGAGAAUAUCAGGAACGGAUCAGUUUGUUGGCAGGAUGCAAGAUCUGAAUUUCUAUCAGGUAACUUUGACCAAUCGUGAAAUAGAGGAACUAGCAACAGGAACAUUCCCUCAGCUCCAUGUCCAAUCGAACUGUAGGUGUCCAGACAGUCAUCCAAGAGUGAAUCCACUAGAGGAAAGGUAUUGCUUAAAGAACGGAGAGCCAGAUACAUCAGCAGAUCAGAUCAGUCGUCUGAAUCAAGACAGUCAUCCCUUAGAGUUUGCUAAUGAUGGUGAUUUAGGAAGUUACUGGGUAUCUACUCUGACCAAUGGUAGAAGUAUCACAGUGGACAUUGAUCUAGGGAGCAGAGAGUAUCAGGUGUUCUAUGUAGUGCUACAGUUCUACAGCCCUCAGCCUAUAAAUCUGACCAUCUCUCAUCGCAGCGAUAGCUCGUCUCCUUGGCAGGUUUGGCAAUACUAUGCCCAAGACUGUCAGAGUGGGUUUGGAUUGGAUAAUAAUGGAGACCUGGACACACCAACAUCAGUCAACUGCAUUCAGUUUCCAAGUGACAUUCCAUACUCCAAGGGGAACAUCACCUUCCAGUUACUAGCCCCAGAGCCAGUAGCCCGACCAGGUUACAAUGAUUUCUAUAAUACACCUGAUCUUUUGGAGUUUGUAAGAGCUAAAGAGGUUCGCGUUGUGAUGGAAGGUCAUUAUCAUAUCAACCCCAACUCUGUGAGACAUAUGUACUACGGCAUUGAGGAACUUACAAUCAGUGCAAGAUGUGAUUGUAAUGGGCAUGCUGAUACCUGUGAUAUCACAUUAGAUCCAUACGUCUGCAACUGUCUUGAUUCAAGCUUUACAACAGGAAUUGAUUGUGGCCAGUGCUUACCUCUGUACAAUGACAAACCUUUUCGUCAUGGUGAUCAAAUCAAUGCAUAUAACUGUAAACCCUGUCAGUGCUAUGGACAUGCCUCAAGUUGUUUCUAUAACCAAACCCUUGAUGAUUCACCUGACAGACAUGACAGGGGUGGCGGAGGGGUGUGUUUCAACUGCCAAGAUAACACACAAGGUCAACAUUGUGAUGAAUGCAUAGAAGGGUUCUUCAGACUUGAUGGUGUACCAUUGGACUCUACUGAUAUCUGUGACCCGUGUGAAUGUUCUCUCAAUGGCACAGUAGCAGGGAAUCCCAUGUGUGAAGAGGUGAAUGGUCAAUGUAACUGCAAGCAGUAUACAUCGGGUCGUACAUGUGAUACCUGUCAGAAUGGUUACUACAAUCUAGAUGCUAUAAACCCUGAUGGCUGUGAGCCAUGUCAAUGCAUCUCAGCUGGUACAAUCAACUCAGAUAUCUCAUGCCAUCAACAGACUGGAGUGUGUAACUGCAAACCUAAUGUCAUAGGUGACAAGUGUGACCGUUGUAACUAUGGUUUCUAUGACCUUGCUGCUUCUAACCCAUUUGGUUGCCUGCCAUGUGGUUGUGAUCCUGAUGGUUCAAGUAGUAUCUACUGUGACCCUACCAACGGUCAAUGCCAGUGUAGACCAUCCACCCAGGGUAGGACGUGUGCUGAAUGCCGUGAUGGGUUCUAUGGCUUGGCAUUAGGUGGAUGCUCUGAAUGUGAUUGUGAUGAUGCUGGGACGGAGCCAGGAGCACCAUGUAACAAGGCUACAGGACAGUGUGUCUGCAAGGCUAAUGUUCAGGGUGUACGAUGUGACCAGUGUGCCCCAUCCUAUUACAAUCUCCAAGCUUCCAAUUCUCAAGGUUGUUCACCAUGCUCCUGUAACACCGAUGGCACAGUCAAUGGCUCGACCUCCUGUGAGGCCGUCACUGGUCAGUGUGAAUGCAAGACCAAUGUCCUUGGACGGACCUGUAAUUCCUGCGCUCCAAACACCUUUGGUCUUGAUGCAGACAAUGUAGAUGGUUGUGAGUCUUGUGGAUGUGAUGCUACUGGUACACAGACAGGAUCAAAUGGAGAAGUGUUGGUCUGUGAUCAGAAUUCUGGACAAUGCUCUUGUCUGACAAACAGACUUGGAAGAAUAUGUGAUGUCUGUGAUGAAGGGUUUUAUGUUCCCCCCUCUGAUGGGCGUGGCUGUCUGUCGUGUGACUGUGAACCAUUGAGUACAGAGCCUAAUUCAUUCUGUAAUUCAUUGACCGGUCAAUGUCAGUGUCGACAAGGAAACCCAGGUGUAACAGGGAGAAGAUGUGAUAGCUGUCUGGAAGAGUACUUCAACUUUAACCCUAAUACAGGAAUGUGUUCACCAUGUGACUGUGACCCUAGAGGUAGUGUGAACACAACAUGUGAUUCUAACACUGGUCAGUGUGAAUGCAAGGAUCUUGUGACUGGUAGACGGUGUGAUACAUGUCAGACAUCAUCAAGUAAUCUACAGGCUUCUAAUCCUCAAGGAUGCUCAAAGACUCCCGCCCAGCAGCCUCCUCCAGUGUGGCAAGCAGUGAAUCCAUUCUCUAUCUUACUAACCUGGGGUCCUCCUGAUGAACCCAAUGGUAACAUCCUAACCUACUUGGUCUUCAGGAAUAACACUCUCGUCUAUAAUGGAUCAGCUGCCAAUCCUCUAGGUAUCCAGCAGUUUGAGGAUCAGAACGUUUCUCCCUUCACAUUCUACAGCUACUAUGUCCAGUCAGUAAAUGAAGCUGGUCGGGCUACUAGCCCCACGGUCAUCGCCCAGACACCUGAUGCUAUUCCUGCUGGUUUUGAUGUCUUGGUCAUCACCAACAUCCAGGCACGGUCAGCAGACUUCUCUUGGUCUCAACCCGCAGAUAUAUCAGCUACUGUGACCCAGUACAUCUUGACCUCAGUGACCCCUAGCAAGCCAGACCCUCCAACACAACACUUCAGUGGUCUAGCAACCAGCUACCAGGCUAUAGACCUCAUUCCAUUCACCAACUACACCUUCUAUCUGACUGUGUGUACCCCUGGAUCCUGUGGACAGGGGCGACCCACCCUAGCUUACACCCCUAUGGCACCCCCUCAAGGAGUCAUGGAUCCUAAUGCUACUGCUCUAAGCCGGAGUUCUGUCUUUGUGAGCUGGGACCAUCCUACAGAAGCUAAUGGAAUCAUCACUCACUAUGAGCUGUUCUUCCGAGGCUAUCCUGGACCAGAUGGUAUCAUAGACCCAUCAGAGACUAGGAUCUUCUACCCUGCAGGAUGGUACAACCCAAGACCGAUCCUGACACCCCUAGAGGAUCCUGCAGAGCCACCUGUUACUAACUUCACCCAUACUGGUCUUGAUGCAUUCACUCGUUACCAGUACAGGGUGACUGCUAGGAAUCUAGCAGGAACAGGACAUAGUGGUUGGACAACCGUUAGGACUGCUGAAGCUGCCCCUCUAUCCACACCAGCCCCAUCUGUUCUUGGUGUAUCUAGCUCAGAACUCAACAUCAGCUGGUCUCAGCCUCAGGAUAAUGAGAUUAGAGGUGUAGUCAUCAGCUAUAAGCUCUAUCGUUACAUUACAUCAGAUGAUCCAUUCGCUCCUCCAGAAAUACAAGAGUUGGUAUAUUCUGGUGAUGGCAAUGGUAGGUUCUUUCUAUUAGGAGGUCUUCAGCCCUACUCUAUCCAUUCAUUCUCUGUGGAAGCCUGUAAUAGCAUUGGUUGUAUCCUCAGUCCAAGGGCCAAUGGGAGGACACUUCCAACUGCUCCAGAAGGACAAGGACCUCCUUUGGUUGAUGGUUUAAAUUCCACUGUCAUGCAAAUCAUAUGGAACCCCCCUGUCAUGCAAAAUGGACCUGACCCAUCUUAUCAGGUUCAGCGUGUUGUAGCAUCACUGAGCAGGACUCCUCCACGUGUGGAGAGGGGUGCUAGGUUCACUGGUGGAGGAUACUAUCUCUUCUCAGGGAACAUUCUUCCAUUUUCAUCAUUUACUGGUAUUGAGUUUGAGUUCCGGGUGACCCGCCCCAGUGAUGCCCUAUCCCCUGUCUCAGCCCUCCUGAUGUUUGCUGCCUCCAAUGGUGAACAGGAAGAGUUGAUCAUAGUCCAGUUGAGAGAGGGGCGACCAUGGUUCAUCUUUGACCCUCAAGGGGGUAUAGCAGGUGCCACGCCCAUGGAUGAGGGAAGGACAUAUGAUGAUGGUCUGUGGCAUAAAGUCAGUAUCUCUCGGGCCGGGAGUGUUGGAAGUAUCACUGUGGAUGAUACAUACACAGGUACUGUCACAGCCCCUACAGCAUCGACUAUCAUAGGAGAAACUACAGGCCUCUAUGUGGGCGGUCUCCCUGUGAACUUUGACCUCAGAAGAUCAGAAACAGAAAAUCUAGCUGUUAUAAGGACCAACCUGAUUGGGUGUUUGAGGAAUAUCCGAAUUGAGACUGCACACGUACCCACCCCUGUUUGGAGAGAUUUGGACUAUUCCAGUGCUUUAGAGAGAGUACAGGUUCCAGGGGGUUGGCAGGGUUGUCCGACAGAGCUGGAGAGGGGUGUUCACUUUCUUGGCAAAGGAUACCUUACAUUGCCUGAAGGUAUUUUGAAUGGAGGAAACAGCUUCACUCUAAGCCUUGAUAUAAGAACUCAUUAUCAGACUGGUCUAGUGUUGUUUGGAUAUCAUCAGACUGGUAGCUACUUAAUCAUCCAAAUUGUUGGUGGUAAUUUGCAGAUCAAAGUGUCUGUUGGUUCCGGUUUACCUGUUGUUCUUUCCAUACCAAACACUGCCCUCUGUGAUGGUUUAUGGAAGAGUGUCAUGAUUACCAAGGUUGGUAACCAACUGUCAGCAUCUAUCAAUGGUGGAGUGUCUUCUGGUAUCCAGCUUCCAUCCUCAUCUCUCAUCCUUUUCUCUUCACUUCACCUUGGUGGUGUUAGAGAUGAAUCAGAAGCAGGAAGAUUCCUUGAUGGUAUCAGUGUAAAUGCACAAGGUUUUGGUGGCUGUAUGAGAGAGUUGACCAUUGAUAGCAUUCCAGUAAACCUUACAUCUGAUAUGACAGGCAUCCAUAAUGUCUACCUAGAUAAUGCUAAAAUGCUCUUGUUCUCCAUUCUACUAGAGUUGACCAUUGAUAACACUCCGGUAAACCUGACAUCUGAUAUGACAGGUUUUGGUGGCUGUAUGAGAGAGUUGACCAUUGAUAACACUCCAGUAAACCUGACAUCUGAUAUGACCGACAUUUAUAAUAUCUACCUUGAUGGAUGCCCUCCUGUCACAAGCGGUGCCAUCCAAUGUUCUGAUCCACAAUCAGAAUCCAUCUAUCUGGGAAUCGGGAGGAAUGUCACAGAUAGUGGACUUAGUAUAUUUACAGAGUAUCUCUACCAAGUAAUAGCUACUAACAUUGCUGGGUCUUCUGAUGGUCCAUGGGCUGCUGGAAGAACUAGAGAAGGAGCUCCUACUGGGCUGACCCAACCCAUUGAUCCAGUAUCCAUCACAGGCUUUGUUAUUCAGCUGCAAUGGCAGAGACCCUCAGGCAAUACAGGUCUACUCACACAGUACAUAUUAUCAGCAUAUAAUCAAGAUCUACCUGACAUAGCACCAGUUCAAGCUUUCUUCACAGAUACUACGAUGUCAGAGAACAUAGGUAAUAUCACUAAUGUUGUCCCAUAUACUGACUAUGAUGUGACUGUGACUGCAUGUACAGCUGGAGGUUGCUCAGAAAGUACUUCAGUCAGUGUGAGAACUAGAGAAGAAGCUCCCUCUGGUGUCCAGUCACCUGAAGCGCUUUCCAAGACGGCCCGUAGCAUCGUAGCAGGAUGGGCAUUACCAGAGAGACCAAAUGGUAUCAUUACAUCCUACCAGCUUCAGCUUGAUGGUGUUACAGUCUACACAGGCACAGCACGUAACUACACACUCACAGGAUUAAGUGUCUUCAACCCUUAUAGACUCCUUGUUAUAGCUUGUACCCAAAUAGGCUGUUCAUCCAGUCCAGAGGUUACCAUUACAACCUCUCAACUCCCUCCGUCUUUUGUCAACCCACCUACUCUAUUCCCCCGCAGUCCAAGGUCUAUUGAGGCACGAUGGACAGCUCCAUCUCAGCCUAAUGGCAUCCUACAACAUUAUGUUCUUUAUUCAUCAACUGUGAGUGGUGGAGUAGGGGAUCCAGUCUUCAACACAUCUGAUCUAUUCACUGACUUUCUACUUGAUGACCUCACACCAGGAACAGUAUAUUAUAUGUCAGUAGCUGCAUGUACUGGUGGUGGAUGUACAGUCAGUGAUCAGAGCAGUGUAAGGACAGAAGAGAGUAUUCCAGAGGGAGUACCAGCACCAAUCAUAACAGCUACUAGCCCAUUUGAGUUGGUUGUAACAUGGACUCAUCCAACACAGCCAAAUGGUGUAAUCAUCAGCUAUGCCCUGGUGCAGAAUGGCAUUGUGAUUCAAAACUCCACCGCCAUGUCUUACUCCGCUUCCAAUCUCGCUCCAUGGAGUCUACAUGUCUUCAGGGUAGAAGCAUGUACCUCCAAGGGGUGUACGUUUGGGCCAGAGGCGUCUGGACGUACCCGUGAAGCCCCGCCCCAGGGUAGCAUUGAUCUUACUGUGUUUACAAUGAAUUCUAGGAGUGUGAGGGCUACCUGGACCUCACCAGCCCAGCCUAAUGGUAUGCUAGUCUAUGAGGUUCUCUUCACUGGUCUGUUCUAUAUGGCACCAGAAGCCAACAAUUAUGCUAUUGUAACAGAGCAAAGAGCCCUGUAUAAUGGAACUAUAGCCAAUGAGAUCGUAGAAGUUACUGGUUUGAUCCCACACUCAGCAUACUCCAUUCAGGUUAGAGCUUAUAACACAGAGGGCAGCAUUCUCAGCAAUGAAAGGACCGUUACCAUGCCAACUGGAACACCUGAUGGUGUCCUGCCUCCUAUGUUAACUGCUACUGGACCUACAUCGAUCCAGGCUACAUGGGAUGAACCCGCUAGGAACAAUGCCCCAGGAGUACCUUCAUUCCAACUCAGAUAUAGACCUGCAAACCAACCAGGAAACCAAAUUGAUGUGUUUAGCAACUCAGUACGAGUGAUGAGCUAUACAUUGACCGGUCUACAGGCAUUCAAUGAGUAUGAAUUCAGAGUGAUCGCUAUUAAUAAUGCUGGGCAAACCCUCAGUGAAUGGGCUUCAGUAUUCACCAGGGAAGAUGUACCUGGUCCCAUAGACCCACCUAUGGCUACUGAUGUACAGGCCUAUUCAACCAUUGUGACAUGGGAGUUUCCUGAUACACCUAAUGGCAUCAUCACAUCAAUCAGACUCUAUCAGAAUAAUGUCCUCAAAACUAUGCUUCCUGGUAACACUACCCAGUUGUUCAUUGAUGAUCUUACACCUUUCACUGACUACAUGUUUAGUGUUGAGAUGUGUAAUACUGUUGGAUGUACAAGAAGUCCUGACUCAAUCACUUACACUACUCCACAAGCUGCGCCUACGGGUCAGUCACCUCCAGCACUCUCUUCCCCUACACCCACCUCUGUCCAGCUCUCAUGGUCACCCCCAUCCAUGCCUAAUGGUAUCCUAACAGGUUACCAGAUUGAACGUCGUCAUCAAGGUUUCACUGCUAUCUUCUCAGUGGUCUCCAUAGCUCCUGGUGCUCCUAGAGUCUACUUAGAUCUAUCUGCUGCCAUCACACCUUACACAGCGUAUGAAUACAGGGUCCGGGUGACCAAUGCUGCUGGGAGCUCUACUAGUCAGUGGGCCAGUGUCAUCACAAAGGAAGCACCUCCUGGUGGUGUACGUGAGCCAUCAGUGACAGUCCUUGGACCUGAUUCAGUGAUGGUCUCUUGGGAAGAACCAGCUCAGAGUAAUGGAGAGAUCUUGAGCUAUACUAUCAGGAUGCCUGAUCCUAGAAUCUACCUAGACCAGACAAACCUCACAUCAUACACUGUCUACAACCUGGUUCCUUAUACUCAAUACUCAGUGACUAUUGAGGCAUGUACUGCAGGUGGAUGUACACAAAGUAAUCCCACAUCAGUGAGGACUGACCCCACCCUACCAUUUGGGCAGAUGUCUCCUAGAGGUGAUGCUAUCACACAGACUUACAUCUCUGUCAUCUGGUCUCCUCCUAUUAGACCAAAUGGACCUAACAUCCGUUAUGAACUCCACAGACAGAAGCUUAGACAGCCACUGAGUACAGGUCCAGUUCAAGGACUGAAUUUCUGGGAGUUCAUCUAUGCUGGAGAUGAUACAACAUUCCAGGACUUUGGAUUGUCUACAUUUACCACAUACAUCUAUCGAAUCACUGUCUACAAUGACAUUGGGUCAGUGACCUCUGACCCUUCUGAUGAGGUCACGACCUUAGCUGGUCAACCAACUGUAGCAGGAACAAUCACUGCUGUGGCAAUGGACCAUAUAUCAGUCUUACUCAAUUGGACAACUCCUUCUUUACUAGAGCUUCAGGGUGAUGUUGUAAACUACUUCAUCCUGGUGAGCUCUCCUUUUAGACAGUUUGAAUUGACCUAUGACCCCAGCGUGUCUGGUGAUCUCUUGACCUCACUAAUGCCAAACACAGAGUAUGAGUUCCGACAAGUCAUCUUCAAUGGAGCAUUCAACAUCACCAGUCUCCCAGCUGUGACUCAGACAUUAGAUGGAGCUCCUGAAGGUUUCGCUGCUCCCCUGAUCAGUGUUCUAAGCCCAUCAGCAGUCAAUGUGAUGUGGUUACCACCGGAUCAGCCAAAUGGUGAGAUCACACAGUAUGUGAUAUAUCUGGAUGGUCAACCUCAUGGUAGUGUUGAGAGCAAUCAAUUACUCUACAUCAUGGCUGGUCUACAACCUUACACUGUCUACUCUAUACAGGUUGAGGUAUGCACAGUAUACGAUUGUCUGUUGAGUAACAUUACCGUGGUAACGACCCUUGAGAUCCCGCCAGCAGGGGUCACUGCUCCUAACCUACGUGUGCUAGGUCCUCGAGCAAUGGAGGUAUCUUGGGCCUCCCCUGCAUCACCAAAUGGAAUCAUCCUAGGAUAUGAGAUACAGCGGAGGGAAUAUCAACCUUGUUCAGAUGGACCUAGCACACCUUCAGAUGGCAGUGAUUCAAGCUGUGGCUAUGUGGAAUGUUUACGUUCAGAGAGUGUCUGUGGCAGCCAGUGCUACUCAGGGCUACAGGCUUGUUGUGAUGGCAUACUACAUGACACUCAGCCAGACUACCAAUGCUGUGAUACUAACUACCUGAUGGCACCGGUCAAUGCAUCCACACCGUUCAUCUGCUGUGGUGGUCAGUUCCACACUGAACAGGUCAACUAUGAAUGUUGUAAUGGUCAGUAUGUCCAGGUAUUCCCCGGUCAGAUCUGUUGUCCAGACCCAGAUGAGGAUAGGGUAGCUGUAGGAUCAGGUGAUGCCUGCUGUGCUGGUGUGCCGUAUGAUUCAAGCGGCCCUCAGAUCUGUUGCGCAGGAGAGUUUUAUGACAGGAGUCAAGGUCUUUGUUGCAGUAACGUCUUCCAUUCUUAUGAGGGUCAGUUUGCUGAUGGGAUGAGUGGUCAGUGUUGUGGUGGGAUCAUGGUGUCUGCUGCAAUGACCUGCUGCUCUGAGAGAGACAUGGGCGUGGCUUAUCUACCAAUAGAAGGCAAUGUUUGCUGUGGUACGGAGUAUGUUAAUAUGACAACAUCAUUGUGUUGCACAAGUGAGACUGGUGUAGCUGAGACCUAUACAUACGACACCCCUGAUGCUAAACAGCAAUCAAAUGACCAAUGCUGUGGAUCUCAGAGGAUCUCUCCAUCUCAGGCAUGCUGUAAUGAAGUUGGUUAUCAACCUGGUACUAGGGUCUGUGCUGAUCGUAGCUCAUCGGCUCAGGGGCAUUGUGGGAUUGGAACGGUCUGUCCAAUCAGUCAGGCUGUAUCUUCAUUCUGUGACAGGUGUGACUUUGAUACCAACAUACACACAUGCUACUCGGUUGAUGCCUCCUACAUCACUUCAUCACCUAGUAAUCCUGGUACUCCUAGUGGUUCUAAUGGUCUGUGUCCUUCUGCUCUCAUCUCUAUCUAUACAUCAGGACCAAAUAUCUACUCCUAUCUUGAUCAAGGUUUAUCACCCUAUACAAGGUAUGAGUACCUCAUCUCUGCUAUCAAUGCAGCAGGAAGCUCAAACAGUGGUCUUUCUAAUGCUACUACAGAUGAAGACAUACCAUCUCAGGUCCAGGCUCCUGAAUGGUUCGUUGAGAUGGGUGUACUAGAUACUAUCCAACUAGCAUGGGAUCCACCUCAACAACCUAGUGGUAUAAUUGUGACAUACAUCUUGAGAAGAGAUGGUAUUGAGAUAUACAGAGGAGCAGAUACAUCUCAUAAUGAUAAUACAGGCAUCCAACCAUUCCAACAUUACUCCUAUAUAUUAAGUGCUUGUACUAGAGUUGGAUGUGCUGCUAGCCAACCGGUGGUAGCAGCUACCCUUCAGGCACCCCCUGAGAACUUGUUUAACCCUCUUCUAGCUGCUCUUAGUUCUGAUAGCAUUCAGAUCUCAUGGCAGGAGCCUGGUCUUCCUAAUGGGGUAAUACAGGGGUACAGUAUCCUUCUAACAGGUGUGGCAGAACCUAUCUAUCAAGGUGGUCCGGAAGACUUUCAAUUCACUCAUACAGACUUGAAUCCUUACACGGUGUAUGAGUACAGACUUGAAGCCUGUACAUCAGCUGGAUGUUCACUGAGUGAUCCAGUAUCAGUAAGGACAAUGCAAGACGCACCGCAAGGUCUUGUACAACCAACUCAUGUUGUAGUUAGUUCAACAAUCCUAGAAUUAUAUUGGUUUGAGCCUUCACAGCCAAAUGGAAUCAUCACUUCUUACAUGCUUUACCGCAAUAGUGAACUUGUCUACACUGGCAACAAUUCUGUUUUGAUGUAUGUUGACACUGGCUUAACACCUAACACCAGGUAUGAAUAUGUGGUGUCAGCUUUGACCAUUGCAGGACAAUCAAAUAGCACCAUCCAUGUAGCACAGACACCAUUUCUAACACCAGAGGGUAUACCACCACCAACACUGACAGUGCUAUCUGCAAGGUCAAUCCGAGCAGUGUGGACUCAGCCGACUGUUCCUAAUGGCGUCAUAAGACAAUAUGGUAUUGUUAUCCUUAGUGGAACUCCAGAUGAAAGAAGAUUGGUAUCCUCAGAUGACACAACUCUAGUAGUGGACAACUUGACACCAUACACCCAGUAUGAUAUGAGAGUUCAGGUUUGCAUUGAUACUGGAUGUGGAGUAGGACCAAGAGCUUAUGCAAGGACAUUUGAAGCACCACCAGAGGAACAGGGUGCCCCUGCCUUAGUAUCCACAGGACCAAGUGUAGUAGAAGUCUCAUGGGAACCCCCUGCUAAACCAAAUGGUAUCAUCCAACAAUACUUUGUAUAUCGUAGGCAGUAUGGAACAACUCAGGAACUUCUUGUGUUUCUUACUGAAACAGAGCAGAGUUUUGUGAAUGCAGGAGGGGGAUUGGCUGCAUUCAAUCUCUAUGAAUACAGAGUAAGAGCACAAAAUUCACAAGGAACCACAGAUAGUCCGUGGGCAUCCAUUAGAACUCAAGAAUCUAUUCCCAUAGGUAUUGCUGCACCAAAUCUUGUAGCUGUCAGUCCAUAUGCAGUGCAAGGCACAUGGUCACCACCCUCUUCACCGAAUGGUAUCAUUGCCUACUACCGCAUUGAGUACCAAGAACGACCAAAUGACCCCACAGCCACACCUGCUGUUGUAGUAGCAGCAACAGUAGAAGCCACUGUCCUUCAAACUACAUUUUAUGGCCUUUUACCUUUCACAUCAUACCAGGUUCGCAUUGUUGCUAUCAAUGGUGCAGGAGAGACGAGUGGUCCUUGGGGUCCUGUUACAACUCUUCAAGGUGUUCCGGGUGACAUUGGACAGUUCUCAGUAGAGCAACAGUCCAAUGGUUUAGCUCUGUUAUUGAGGUGGGAUGAACCUGGACAACCAAACGGUGUCAUAACCAAUUACUUCAUAUAUGAGGAUGAGUACCUCAUUGCACCAAUAUAUACUGGACUCACAAGAGAAUAUCUCUUUAGGAGAUUGACUCCUUACACUGAGUAUGUGGUUGUUCUAGAAGCAUGUACCAAUGUUGGUUGUGGAAGAGGCAAUCCACAGACUGUAAGGACUGCUGAAGUAGCCCCUGCUAAUCAAGCUCCACCUACCCUUGGUUUUGUGAAUUCCACAGCAGUUGUCCUGAACUGGAAGGCACCUGUGGAUCCUAAUGGGGCUAUUACCCAGUAUGAUGUUAUUAGAAGAUCAGCAAGACCUGCUUCAACAGAGAGAAGGAAGAGGAACACAGAUGAUAGUGCCUUCACAGUUACAGUCGUCAUUCAUUCUGAGUACAACACUGAUGACGAAGACUACACCUUCGUUGAUAACUCUUUGCAACCAUAUCACAUCUAUGAGUAUCGCAUUCGCUCCAUCAACUCUCAGGGUUCUGUAGACAGUGACUGGGUCCAGGUAGAGACUGACCAGGCUGCUCCUCUUGGUGUAGCACCUCCCACUGUUAAUCACAUCACCAAUACUCCCGGAUCACUUGUUAUUGGAUGGACAGCUCCCACAGAAAGUAAUGGCAUCAUCACUGGGUAUCGACUGCAGAGGAAUAGUAGCACUCCUUUCAGUUUUGAGGCAGAUUAUGGAUUCCAGUUUACAGAUAUGAAUCUUCAGGCAUUCACCAUAUAUGUCUAUACCAUCACAGUAUGUACCCAGGGUGGCUGCACCACAAGCUCAGCCACCUCCAUCAGAACUUUAGAGACAGCUCCCACAUUUGUUGAUCCACCAAGUCCAGUCGCUAUCAGCUCUAGUCAGAUCAUGGUCAACUGGACAGUACCUUCCAUUGCUAGUGGUGAGAUCGUCCAGUAUCGUCUAAAGGUUGAUGAUGAGGUACGAUACAGUGGUUUAGGCCUUUCUACUACCAUCAGUGGUCUGAUUGCACACCAGGAGUACACAUUUGUCCUUGAAGCUUGUACUUCUGGUGGUUGUACUGACAGUCCAGAGGCUUUAGCUCGUCCAUUUGAAGCACCCCCUAUAGGAAUGAAUCCACCUUUGUUGAGGGUUCUUAGUGCUACAGCCAUUGAAGCAAGCUGGUCUGAACCCAAUGAACCCAAUGGUAUCAUAUCACGUUAUGAGUUACGUAGAGAUGGAAAACUAGUAUAUGAUGGUGAUGCCCAAAGGUACCAGGAUUUUGGUGAUGGAGGACUAGGACUAACCCCAGGUCAGCAGUACUCCUAUGUCAUCACAGCCUUCAACAGCCGGGGUCAUGCUAUAAGUGAUGCAGCCGUAAUUACUACUUCUUCAUCCUCACCAGCUGGUUUGAGUCCACCAAUUGUCACCCCUUUUUCUUCACAAAUCAUCAGUGCCACUUGGCAGCCUCCAGCAUUCCCCAAUGGUGAAAUCCAAAACUACACCCUUUAUGUAGACAACAAUAUUGUCUACUCUGGAAGGCUAUUUAGCUUUGACAUCCGGGGCUUGGACUUCUACACCUUGUAUGAGAUCCGUGUAGAAGCUUGCACCACUUCAGGUUGUGCUCUAAGUGACAGUGUGGAAGCAAGAACCUUUGAGCAUACUCCUAGUGAUCAGGUAGCUCCUUCUCUGGAACCUUUGGCCGACAACCUUGGCAUUGCAAGUGGUAUCCGUGCAGUUUGGAAUGCACCAAGUAAUGAGAAUGGCAUCAUCAUUGGCUAUGAACUCUACCGGAGGAGUGUGGAUCGCAUGACAGGAAGGAGAUCUGACCCAUCCUUGUUGGUCAACACUACCCUGAGGGAGUAUGUAGACAUGGAUCCAUCACUGAUACCUGAUGAAACAUAUGAGUACUUGGUAGUAUCCUUCAACUCUGUAGGAGAUGCAUCCAGUCCUUGGGCCUCUGUCAGGAUGCUGGAAGCACCACCACAGGGUCUCUUGCCACCUCUGGUGUCUGAACUAGAAGCCACAAGUCUAAGCCUGACUAUUCAAGAACCAAGUCAGCCAAAUGGAGCCAUCCAAAGAUAUGUCAUCUACAGGAAUGGGACUGUGCUAAGCCAGACAACACUAACCAGCUAUAGGGAUUCUGAUCUCCUUCCAUACACCACCUACUCCUACUCAGUAGAGGCCUGUACAUCAGGGGGAUGUACUACCAGUGAUGCGGUUACAGUGACAACCAUUCAGAUGGCACCAAGUGGACUGGAUUCUCCUGUUGUACUUCAAACUGAGUCUACAUGGAUCCAACUGAGCUGGGAUUACCCGACAAACACUAAUGGAAUUAUUACUAAGUUUCAGCUGCUAUUCCGACCAGGUUGUCCUCUCACAACCCAGCCUUUUGAGCAGACCUGUCCCUUUGAGGACUACAGUUCUAUUGAUAAGGACCUGGCGCUCACUCAUAAUGUCACUGGUUUAAGACCCUAUACCCGCUAUGAAUUUGUGGUAGUUGCUUUUAAUGAUGCUGGUCGGGUGGAGUCAUCUCCAGUUCAAGAAAGUACACUUUCAGCAUUGCCUGUGUUUGUGAGCGGUAGCAAACCUUCCAUCAGUAGCAACACUAAUAACAGUCUUAUCACAGUCAACUGGGCUCAGAGCUUUGUACUCAAUAGUAUGCUCAGAGAGUAUAUCUUAGUAGAGAAUGGUGAUACAGUCUACAGUGGGAUAGCUACUACGGUUACAAGGCCUCUAAAGGAUACAGAAUAUGAAUUCAUAGUGAGUUGUGUUACAUCUACCGGCAGUGUAUCUUAUCCUACAAUCAUUUAUCAGCCUCCAUCUACUGGAGGACCUCAACCAGAAGCCCAGACCCAGUGGUAUAGCUCUGUAUGGUUCAUUGCUAUCAUGGUCUUACUGGGUGUGGUCAUCAUCUUCAUCCUCGUUGCCAUUGUCCUUAGUCGAACUGGAACACGCAAGCCUUAUGCUAGAGAGAGGACUCCUCUACCGCCAAGACAGAGGAAAGCUCAUAACUUCACCUUCUCAUCUAUGUUACCCAGAUAUCCAGAAUCAGAGAGUAUACUGGAUCCAAUCCCUCAGGCCAUCAGUCGACAUUCUAGUAUGCACAGCUUACACAAUACAUAUUAUAACCCAGCAUUCCCUGUGCCGUCACCGCCCCGCCCUACUAGUAGAACAUCUGAAGUGAUGGAUAAGAACUCUCUUAAAUACCUUGAUGAUGAUGAUGGUGUAGCUGCUUGGGAUAAUACUACACCUCUUCCUCCUAAGAUGGAUUCAGGCAUGGUUAGCUUAUUUGAAGAUGAUGCUAUGACCCAUAUCAGCCAGCCAUACAGCUAUACUAAAGAACAGACUAUGUUUACCGACACACAUUUAUGAUCCACAGUUACGUAUAUAUAUCUCCAGGACCAAUUUUUUUCAUAAAUGUUUGUAUUUGUUUGAGUGAGAUGUAAUAAAAUUGUAGAUCAAUAAUCAAUUAAAUUGGUUUGUAUAAAGAUGUGAUAUUGUAAUUGUAUGAAUUCUUAUUGAUAUCUUCUUUUGUUUGGGCUGAUUUAGGUUUGGAGGAAAGAACUGAAAUACAAAAUAAAAGCCAAUGUCUCAUUUAUUUGAUUGCUGGUUUAAGAUAUGAUAACUAUAUGUUUGAAGUAUGCCUGUAAUAGUGUACAUACAGUGACAUGUGUAAAAACAGGUCUUUUUGUACGCAAAAUUAAUGCAAUAUUAUCAUUACUAUAGAAUAACUUGAUAGUAGUACAUGUGUAAUCACAUUCCUGUUCAUUACACGUGGCAGCGGAAAAUAUUUGUACACACUUGGUCUUAAUGGUCACUAUACUACUACUCUACACUACAGAUCGGAUGCAUCCGAGAAUGAAUCCAAGGUCACAAAGUGGUUUUGAUUUCAAUCUGUAAAUGACAACAGCACUCAACAGUACACCUUACUGAAGUCUAAAUUCCUUAUCAGUGACUAUUUAGGAAUCCUAGUAAGUCAGUAUUCACAGUAAAAUAUUUGGUAAGUGUUAGUAUUUGCAAAUUGACGUUGUAGGCUGAAAAGAUUUACAGUCAUCCCUUUUCUUUAUGGUUGCUGACAAUUUUGAUUGUCUGUAUUGAAGUGUGUCUUGUUUUCUGCGUUCUUUGAAACUUAUCUUUUUGUUGUAUGUUUUCAUGGAUUGUUUAAAAUAUUGGCUGAAUUUCAUUUUAUUUAGUUAAAUAUAUUGAAACACAAUCUGAAGCACACUUGAACAAAAUUGAUAAAAAAGCACAAUCAUACAAAUAAAACUCUGAUGUGAGUCAUGAUUGUUAAGUCAUAUUUUCAAUUUGACAAAAAAUAUUACAAGAAAAUAAUAAUUGAAAUCAUGAUAUUGGCAACACAAUGGAAAUAUCAUAAUUUAUCUCUCCAUGCAAUAGGCAAGGUUCUAACUUUGACAUAUAUUUUUUAUUCAUUUUUCGUACAAAAGCUUGAAAUAAAUAAUGCAGCAACAUUAGAAACAUUUUCGAUGUAUUGUUUGACACAAGGUAUGUUAUAUAGAUAUUGUGAAAGACUUAGCAUUUGUUUUUAGUAAAUAACUGAAUUUCAUGCAGCUUCGAAUAGAAGGUAAUUUGUAGCAGUAAAUUGGUGUGCGUGUUUACAUUCAAUUGGGUGUUCUCAUGAAGGUAAAUUUACUGCUAAUUUUUCAACAUGGCUGCAAUUUUUUACUCUUCUGAGUACUGCAUUUUUGUAUAGAUUUUUUUAUGAAGUACUUAGAGAAUUCAAAAUGUGUAUUUUAGUAAUGAAAGAAUGUAUAUUUAAAGUUUUAGCAGAUAAAUUGGACUGAAAAUCACCUUGAUAUCUUGUACUAUAAUGAGUAGUUAACUAAUAAGUUCAAAGUUGAUUUAAUAUACGUAUUUCUACAAAUGAAGAUAAUAUAUCAACUCUUUAAGAAUAGAUCAUGUGAUAUCUUGUCUGAUAUGUGUGUCAGAAUUUUUUUAAAACAUAAUUUUGUUUAUGAAGUGAGAAUAAAUAGAAUAGUGAUAUAAAUCAUAUUUGAUCAGAGUAGAAGUCCACAUGUAUAGAUACUAGAUUUACCAAUCAUGCAUGAUUAAUUACUUUUGAUCGUUGUGCCAUAUGGAAAAUAUUAAUUAAAUUUGUCUCAUGAUGUUAUUGCCUCCUAGGAAAGCUAAUAAUAUGGCAGGUUUAUUUUAUAUCCUUUUUUUAGAUUACUCUUAAUCUUUACUAUAACCACCUUGAGGCUAGACAUGUUUAUAAGCCCUUUCUGUCAUAUACUUUGCAAUAUAAAGUAUGUGAAUCCAACACACUUUCAGUAUUAAAAAAUAAAAGUGAUGCCCCAUAUUUGAUUCUAGAAGGAUUAGGGUUCAUAUGAGGCAACCUGGCAGAAUGAUUUUUUUUAUUGGAGUAAUCCAUAUUCCACUAUCUUUUGGGUUGCUGUCUGUAUAAAGGAUUCUUCUAUUCUGUGUCAUUUCGUUCCAUCUAGUUUAGGCAAGCAACAAGUUGAUAGCAAUCUGUAAUGUUAUAGAUGGGUACCCAACAGGAUUAAUUCCUUGAAUUCACAGCAUGGAGAUUCUGAUUGGCAGCUUGCGCUGAAGCAUUGGUAGUUAUAAUAGUGCACCCCGGAAUAGAUUAUUUAUAAAUAGAUGGCGCUGUAUAAUUGCUGCCUAUUAUUAUCAUUGUUAUUAUUACAGAUGAUAUUAUGGACUUGAGAAAGUUUUACACAUCUUAUCUUUAUGAGAGAAUUGUUUAUUGAAAAAUCCUCAAUGCAUUAUUGAUUGUAAAUAUGGCUAUAUAUCUAGCUGAAAAUUUCAAAAUUGGAUCAUGUUUUCCUAGCCCAUAUUUAUCACCUUGUAAAGACUAUAUGUCGAAACUUACAAAACCUUGACUAUGAAUUGUUGCGUCUUUCACUUUUGUGAUGAUUGUACAUGUACCUAGUAACUCUCUAUUUUAAAAGUAAAUGAUGAUUUGUAUUUUGCUGUGAAACUAUAAUAAAAUGCAUUUUAUUAUUAGAA